CUGAAACUAAAGCUGCAUUAUUCCGCAUAAUAACGUUUUAUUAUAUUUAUUUAACGGGUAGGGGGCACGCCGUGCUUGCUAAUUUAAGCAGGAAAUUAUGAAAUACUCGAGAGCAGCACAGCGCGCGGCUUCUUAGAGGCCACAGAGUCCCGCGGCAGGCGGCAAACAGUUUCUAGUCAAUAUCAGUCCGCUCCUCGGAGAAGCAACUCGUGAUUACAUCGCACCUACAUAUGGCCACCUCGGAUUUCGUGCUGGGAGGCCUGGCCUCCGUCGGCGCCACCUUCUUUACAAACCCCAUCGAGGUGGUCAAGACGCGGAUCCAGCUGCAGGGCGAGUUGGCGGCCAGGGGAACAUAUGUGGAGCCGUACAAGGGUAUAGCCAAUGCCUUCUACACGGUGGCCAAAAACGACGGACUGCUGGGCUUGCAGAAGGGCCUUUCGCCCGCGUUGUACUUCCAAUUCAUCAUCAAUUCCUUCCGUCUCAGCAUUUACUCGGAGGCCAUGGAGCGGGGUUGGAUGCACAACCAGCAGGGCGAGGUAUCCUAUGGCUUGGGACUGAUGUGGGGCGCCAUUGGCGGCGUUGUGGGCUCCUAUUGCUCUAGUCCCUUUUUCCUGAUCAAAACCCAAUUGCAGUCGCAGGCCGCCAAGCAAAUCGCUGUUGGCUUUCAGCACUCUCACACUUCCAUGAGCGACGCCCUCAAGCAGAUUUACAAUAAAAAUGGCAUUGCUGGACUCUGGCGCGGAUCGGUGGCUGCUUUACCCAGGGCUGCCCUUGGAUCGGGUGCCCAGAUAGCCACAUUUGGAAAGACCAAAGCUAUGCUGGUGCACUACGAUCUGGUGACGCAGCCCACGUUGAACUCCUUUUCGGCGGGAUUAAUCGCUGGCUCUAUUAUGUCGGUGGCCAUAACGCCGCCAGAUGUGAUCACCACGAGAUUGUACAAUCAGGGCGUCGAUGCUGAGGGCCGUGGCCUGCUUUACCGGGGAUGGGUCGAUUGCUUUGUUAAGAUCCUGCGCUCCGAGGGAGUCUAUGGUAUGUACAAGGGCUUCUGGGCCAAUUACCUACGCAUUGCCCCCCACUCAACGUUGGUGUUGCUCUUCUUUGACGAGCUGAUUGCCCUACGAAACAAGUAUGGCCCCCAAUAGAGCUGCCGGAGACGUGUCUAGCUUUACUUUAAGUACAAAAGUUGUUUCACUUGUUUGUUUUGUUAGGAAGUAGCUUAGAAUUCCUAGAUCCAAUCUCUUAUGCUUAGCAUAUAGAUUACUAUAGCCCCCAAAACCAAAAUGUGCCUUCAGUAAGCUAAAAUUAACUUAAAUUCGGAGCUGUUCCUCCUAGCUAGUAACUGUGCAAUAAAACCCCGUUCAUUUGUUACUUUUUA